AAAUAACUGCACUUUUACUAUCUGAAAAUUAAACAGUUACAAAACAAUACAAAAUCACUAAUUUCGAACGUAAUGGUGCAAUUUUGCUUAAAGCCAUUCAGUUUGACAUUUAGAAGUGCCGGAAUGGUUUGUGAUUGGCGGUAAAUGUUCUACACGGGAUCACUAUUGGCGUAGACGAGGCCCGCGCGGGGGUGCGGAGAGCGAGGCGCCAUUACGAACAAUGGCCGUCCGAAUGGUCGUUAGCGAAUAGCUUUUAUCUCUUUCUAAUAUAAGCUACGCAGGUAGGAAUUAAUGAGACGGAGAGGGUUCCGGCGCGACCGCCGCAAAUGCGUCCGUCUCGCUCGCACGCGCCGCCUCAACGGCGCGCGGCAGCGGCAACGCUCGCCACGACGCGACGGGGAAUUCGGAGUCGUAGAGCCUCAUACGCGGGUCAUAAACGAUUCGCGGCCAUAGUAGUGCACGCGCGAGAAUCGAUCCGAAUCGCCCGGCGAUAAACGCAUCUCCCGCGAGGCGAUCGUCGCGCGCCGCGUCGCCGAGCGAUGAGUUCCAAGUUCAUCAUCGAUAGCAUGCUCCCGAAGUACCACCAGCAGUUCCACCACCAGAACUUAUUCGCGGGCGCUGGUGCCUCGCCGAUCGAGGCGUCGCUAUCGUCGUCGCUGUCGUCGUCGUUGUCGACGUCGUUGAGCUCGUCGCUAUCGGGAGGCCUGGGGGCGGCGGCGCUGGGGGCCGGCUCGCCGGGCAACGGGAGUCCACAGCGCUCGUCGAGCUCAUCCUCGGCCUCGCCAGGGGCGCCGGCGAGGAUGUAUCCAUACGUGUCACACCACCAGCAGUUCGGGGGCUCGGUGCCGUUUUCGGCCGGAGGAGGAUUGUCCGCAGCAGACGACAAGAGCUGCCGGUACCCGACGGCGGUGGGCGCAGACCCAAUGUACGCCCUGGGCCAGCACAACGGAGGCGCGGCGGUGUCGGCGGCGUCGGCGAGCAUGGCGGCUGCUGCGCAGUUCUACCACCAGGCCGCGGCGUCGGCGGCCUCGGCCGCCUCGGCGGCGUCGGUGGACGCCAUGGGCGCUGCCUGCUCACAGCCCUCGGCUCAGCCACUCCCCGACAUUCCGCGAUACCCCUGGAUGUCCAUCACCGAUUUUCCAUUUCCAGAUUGGAUGAGCCCCUUCGACCGCGUGGUCUGCGGUGAGUUCAAUGGGCCAAACGGUUGUCCGCGACGGCGGGGCCGACAGACCUACACGAGGUUCCAAACGUUAGAGCUAGAAAAGGAAUUCCACUUCAACCACUACCUGACGCGCCGGCGCAGGAUAGAGAUCGCGCACGCGCUGUGCCUCACGGAGCGGCAGAUCAAGAUCUGGUUCCAGAACCGGCGCAUGAAGCUGAAGAAGGAGCUCCGGGCUGUUAAGGAGAUCAAUGAACAGGCGCGCCGCGAGCGCGAGGAACAGGACCGCAUGAAGCAGCAGCAGCAAGAGAAACAGGCCAAGCUCGAGCACCACGGACACCACGUCACGCACCACCACGAUCCCAUGAAGAUGCCCCUCGACAAGGGCUCCGGUGACCUCCUCAAAGUGAACAAGGUCCCGACGUAAGGCGUCCCUUGCUAGCAAAUCCUGACUGAUUCUGUAUCAUAUAGUGUGAAUACAUGAAUGCGAGUGCGUCUAAGGACGGCGGACUACGUUAGUCGUUUCGUAUCCACUAGUUUGUAUGUUUUGCGGCUGAUUUAGUCGCCUCGUUGUGGAGGCGUGUGACUCUGUAUAUGUUCCUUUAGUGCGGAGGCGGCCGCGGGCCCUAGGGCCCCGGGCGGCGCGUCGUGGACAGGCUGGUGAUGUGCUUUAAGCAUUUAUUUUGUUGCCAUAACCACACAUUGUAUUGCAAUAAUAUUUUACUAAAUUAACAAAAUCGCUCUAGGGUUUACACGGAGCCAGGGCGAUAAUCGGUAUUGUUAGUUAAGAUUUUAAAUCUGUGAAUCUCAUAGUAUUUAUUGCUACCACUUACUAUAAUCCAUUAUGUUAUAUUUUUUUAUUAAUAGAUAUAUUCUGUACAUUUUGAUGUAUAUUUUAUUAUUUGUCCGCUCUCAGUGGACUGUUAUGUUUUGUCGGUCACAUUUUUUUAUAAUUGUAAAAUUUGUUAUAUUUAUCAAUUGAUUUCAAAAGGGUUGUCUCCUUUCAGUUUUUGACCAGUUGUGAUUCACAUCAGUAGUUAGGAUCUUGAAUUGUUGUUUAUUUGACUUUAUGUUUAUAGGUACAUAGUGCUAGAUCUGCUGCUUGGUCAUACCUAUUGCCUAUAUUGUUUACAAUAGUACAUAUAUCUUCAUUCUUUAUUGUAUAUACCUUCAUUAUUAAUUCCAUGAGAAGGUAAAAUAAAUAUUUAGUAACAAAAUACGUAUCGAAGUACAAUUGCAAAUAGGUCUUCGUCAUUAGUUGGUACUAACGUUAUGUGUUUGAUCUUCGGACCUGAUAUUGAUUCGAAUUAGGCUGUAUUUUUGAUAAAUAUAGUCGAAAAAUUCCUUGUCCAUAUACUCAAAAUAAACAAAAUAAAGGUAAACCAAAAUAACGAACAAAAGAAAAUGACUUUCAAAGUGUUGUCCACAAUCAGGAAUCAUCUGAUGUUCAAAAUUAUAUACGUAACGAUGAAACAUAUAAUAAAUAGGUAACAAUAAUGUGACUAAAUAUAAAAUUUUACACGUAAUUUUAAAAGUGGAGUAGAAUAAGUGUAUAAUACAUAGAUAAUAAUAGGUCCGACUUUGUAUGAAUUAUUGAUAAACCUGUAUAUCUAGAGUACAUAAUAUCUACAUGCGCUAUUUAACAUUAUCCGAUUGCAGUAUUUCUACUCAUUUCAAAUAAAAAUAAAAAAGUAAAACGAAGCUCAAAAUUCCAUUAAUUAACCAUCUUUUAAACCGCUUUUAUUUCACUCUCUUAAUUUACAAUUUCGUAUUGUGCCAAAAUAUAUUUAAAAUAAUUUAUAGCAUUUCUCACCACUCCAUCUCACUCGCUUUUAUUUUUGCGAAACCUCGUGUAUCAAAAUAUGUAUCUGUUAACUUCAAUACGUAAUCCGAACAAAAUUAGAUUAAAAAUUUAGUGUUGAUAGUCACCAUAUACGUAAAUUAAAUGUCAGGGUAGAAUAAAAUGAAAAAUAGUGAAUAAAUAACUGUAUGAAUCUGAAUUCUUCGCUUAUCUAAAUUUUUGAUAGAUCAUCUCGCAAUAUCUGUCCACUUGUAUUAUUGGGGAAGUUGUAUAUCUGUAGCUAAAGCGGUUACAGAUUACGAGUAUAUGUCGUGAUAUCAUUAGGACAAGAUAAGUCGUCGGUAUAUAGGUGUAAAUUCUGCGACACGGAAGAGACGCAUAUUUAGCUAUUCUUUAAGUUAUUGGUCAAAUUAGAAAACAUGUCUACUCAACCUACCUGAAAAAAAUUCUCAAAAUUAUUAUUUUUCUAACAUGAUUCUUUAAAAGAAGAUUUUCUUGCAGCGACACGAUAAAAGUGGUUGUACGGAGUCCAUUUUAGCGUUUAAUCCCUACAAAGUAUUAAGUAAAAUAUUAAUUACGGCAUCUUAAAUUGUAAAAAUAUUAUUUUAAGCGAACAAAAAUCAAAGCUUUUCUAUUAUUUAUUUUGUCAACGGUGUGACAGAAAAAUACUAUUGGUUAAGAUUCGGUUGGAUUACCAUCCCUUAAUAUAAGUACAUUUCAAAGGUUAUUCCAAUAAUAGUUUCCUGUAGACUGGAAGAAAGUGACCGUGCGGAGGUCAGUCAUUAACAUAUUAUAAUUUGGUUAUAUUUUAAGAUUGCAUUAAAUGCGUUGAUGUCUUCAGGCUGAUAACGGAGGCAAAUUUUAACGAAACGCCAUAAAGAUUGUCAUUUUACAAGGAUCGUUGUAUUUUCGUUAAAAAGUUUUCUAAGAAACAGCUUGUUGACCUUCGUGCAAUAAUUAUACAACAAAUAUCCUUUAACCCUAAAUAACCCAUAGUCUUCGUCUAAGGUUGUCGUUAGUAAUAGAACAUUAUCUCAUUCUAAACUAAAAAUCGAGAAUGAAAAUCGAACAAAAUGUACUUAAGUAACUUCGGUAUAAGUAGGCUUUAUAAAUUAUAAUGCAUAGGUAAUAAAUAUCUUAGAUAUCUGAUGGUUAGUAACGAUUAAAAGCGCUUAAAAUUAUUUGGUAUUGUUCGCAUAGUGCAAGGACAGUUAUCAAUCUAGUACAAAGACAGAUACGCAAUUGGUUAAUCUAUGUUAUGUGGUGCUACCGGCCUCCGAGUGAACUUAGAUUUCGCCAAAAUAUUUCAAACUCAAUGCAGUCCCAGACAAAAAGAGUCCAUUGUUUGUCUGUCGGUAAUAUUGGUAUACUAUUCGGAAUGCACGCAGAAUUCAUCAGACCGGACGUACACACUGCAGGUCUAUUAUGGUCGCGGUUUUAUGGUUUGUAGCUGCGAAUAACACAAUCUUACUCUCGCACUUACAUACCUACUUGUAAGAAUAGGAUUUAAGUCUUAUCCACAACGAUAAAAAUGCGACCAUACAAGGCCUACUGAAAAGUUACUGAGCUAGACACAACGUGUGUAUACGAAUUAAAUUGUUGCAUUUUUUAAGCCGUUAAGGUUUGCGUUUAUUCCGUUUGUAAUUGUUUUAUUGAUAUUUAAUGGGAAUGUGCAAAUUAGGAGCCGUUCGCGAAGUUAUAAGGAGUACAGCUUUGUAAUGGUACAUUUAGUUCCGUACAACAAUAGGUAGAACUUGUAACAUAGUAACGAUAUUAACGUGUAUGUACGUACGUCCAUUGAUUUACGUCGGGUUCACUUUAUUGUUUCUGCCUCGUAAAGAUGUGUAAUUCAUAUGAAACAAUGAGCAAUUUGCUAAAUAGAUUACAUACAUACAUUCGUCCUCCAUCGGUAAUGCUGUCUUGCCAUUACUAGUAUUCGUUAGUACGUAGGUAGGUUUCUGUUUGUACACUGUGAAGUACCUUGUAUCCUAAAUAAGGUUCAGUUCCAUGUUUUGUUACUUUUAAAUAUCGUUUGGGAAAUGUCGUUGAAGAUAUUUCGUAGCUUACGUUUUUAUUUUUUAUACGCAGAAAUAAUAAGCUAUUACUUCAAAUUCAUUGUAUGACUCUUUUGUUAUCUUACAUAGUCACGAAAUUAUAUUUCUAUUAAGUUUUCUGAUUGUUAUUCAACGUUUAGUACCUAUCUGUGCAUAAAUAAAUCUUCCGUUAAAUGUUUUAACUCUAAAAUAACGACUUCCCUUUUAGUUUUAUAUAAAUACUUCAAUAAAGUUUUAUCUUAACAUAACUGUAGCUAUGUAGUGAGUAUGUAUCUAUAUCUAUAUUUUUGAAAAUAGUAGAUAUUUAAAGCGUCUUAAAAUAACUGUAAAUAUUCGUGAAAGUUUUAUGUGGCGAAUUAUUUUCGUUUUAUACUUUUGUUUUAUGUUAUGUAAUGAAAAUGUGUCGUACUGGGACCACCAUCAUAAGUAGACGCUUGCAUCCGAAAUAAUUGAAAAGGAACGGGUGUCUGGUUAUGUUGGCGAGUGCAGGGACGUUGUGACUGUGUCGUGGUAAAUAAGCAAAUAGUUGGGUGAUUGUAUAUGAAACCCGCAUUCAAUAUUGUAAUAUUAAUUUCAGAAAUUCAAGAGAAUAAAGAGUUAAUUAAAA